AGAUAUGGUUCAGUGAAAUCUGCCCACAGACGUACGGGUAAAAUUAAAGGUAUUGAGCGAAUAUUGGGUGCUGUCGAUACACUGCAGGAAUCAUUAAUCGAGGUGACAUCGGGCCAGGCAAAAUAUGAACAUCAUCAUAGAGCCAUUGUAUGGCGUUGCCCACGUUUGCCAAAGGAGGGACAAGGUGCCUAUACCACCCAUCAAUUGGUGUGCCGCAUGGCCCUUACCUCUUAUGAUCAAAUACCCAGUGAAUUGGCUCCAUAUGCCUUUGUGGAGUUUACAAUGCCAGCAACCCAAGUCUCGCAUACAACAAUACGUUCGGUAAGCGUACAAGAAUCGGAAUCGGAUGAACCACCCGAGAAGUAUGUGAGAUAUUUGGCCAGACAUGAAUACAAAGUUGGCAUUGAAACAACCCAUGGUGAAUCGACAAAUGCCUAUUUGGCCGCCACCAGGCCAAUACGUGAGGAGCCGGCAGAAAAACCAGCAGCAUCACCAGUACCGCCACCAAGUGACUCAGAUUCGGAUUCAAAUUAGAUUUA